GCACAUUUUAAUGUAGCUCUCUCUACCCUCGGUCAUCGCAAACUCGAACGAGAAUCCAGAGCCGCCAAAGCCCAAAAGCAGCGGUACCUCACCCCAUACGAAGCGAACGCCGUCGUCGAGUUUCUGUUACAACAGAAGGCGUUUGGAACUCCUGUGCGCAUGAAGCAUGUAGCUGCAAUAGCAUUCGUUGCCACUCGCAAUCGGCCCCUAGCGGACAGGCCACUUAAGCCUCCCGGCCCAAACUGGGCUAAGGCAUUCGAAAAACACCGUCCAGAGCUCAUAGCAAAGAAGAACAGGCCGCAGGAUUGGAACCGACAUAACAUCUACAAUAAGGUUGAGUAUUGGUUUGAAGUGAUUGGAAAUGAAUUACAAAACCCAGCUAUAUUAUCAGAGAACACCUAUAAUAUGGAUGAGACUGGUGUUAUGCUAAGUAUGCUAAACUCCGUUAAAGUCCUAGUCGGUAAGGAUGAUACACACGCCUAUAGAGGUGCGCAUGUCAAGCGUACCAUGGUAACUGCUGUUGAAUGUGUCUCUGCGGAUGGAAGAUGUUUAAAUCCUAUGAUAAUCUGGCCCGCCAAAACCCAUCGAGCUAACUAGACUACCUAUCCAACUCCUGGUUGGGUAUAUGCGGUCUCUGAUACUGGAUUCACUGACUCUUACAUCAGCCUACAGUGGCUUAAGCUUGUUUUCGACCCCCAGACCAAGGAACGGGCUAACAUGAGGCCACGGCUACUUAUCUGGGAUGGUUUCGGAACGCAU